UCAACCAAAACGACCUCAACAAAGAAGAAACGACCAAAAAGAUAAAAGAGAAGAAGAAAAGUCCUAUCAAAACCCUAGACAUAAUCAUACAUCUUAUCCAAUCAUUUCCACUUAUUCCUUUCUCUAAAUUCCCACCGAAAGUUUCUCUUUAGAAUCCAAAAAACACCAUCAAUAUGCAACAAGAAAACAUGCUAGAAAACUUGGAUUUUUGCCAUCAUUUGACCCAAAAUAAAUCAAACGAGAAUAUGGGAGAAUAUGGUUUUGAUAUUCCAGCUAUCAAAAGCUUUUGUAGCUCAUCAUUUUACUCUCAAUCAGUGAAAUUUCAAGAAACUGUAGAGAGUAUUACUACUCCAGAGGCAAGAGCUAUUGCUGCUUCUAAGAAUCAUAAAGAAGCUGAAAGAAGAAGAAGAGAGAGGAUUAAUUCUCAUCUUGAUAGACUCAGAACCCUACUUUCCUGCAAUUCAAAGACAGAUAAAGCAUCUUUGCUAGCCAAAGUGGUUCAACGUGUGAGGGAGCUAAAACAACAGACUUCUGAAAUCAUGCAACUUGAUGAAACAAACUUCCCUUCUGAAACUGAUGAAAUCACAGUGCUAUCAUCAAAUGAUUGCUUAUCUGAUGGGAGAUUACUCAUUAAGGCUUCCCUUUGUUGCGAUGAUCGGUUCGAUCUCAUCCCUGACCUAAUCGAAACCCUAAAAUCACUCGGAUUGAGUCCUCUAAGAGCUGAAAUGGUCACAUUAGGAGGGAGAAUUCGUAAUGUGAUUGUAUUAGCUGUUGAUAAAGAUCAUAGUAGUGAUGAGUCUCUCUUGUUCUUAAGAGAUGCUUUGAGGUCUAUAGUACAACGUUCGAGUUAUGGUACUGGUGAACGGUCUAAAAGGCGAAGAGUAUUAGAUCAAGGAACAUCAAAUUACUAGGAUUUCACGAGGCGCAUCCAGAAUUUGACGAUUAUGAGUUCUUGUAUGGAUCAUAAGUUGAUAUAUCAAAUAAUUCUCGGUCCAAGAACUUAUGUUCUUUUUCAUGCAUGCUUUAUUUGGAUAGCAGCAUUGUUUUCUCAACGUUUAUACUAUAUAUUUUCUCGUGAGUAAUUUCUAUUGCGAGUUUGGAUGUGUAAUAGUAAUUAGUUAGGGUUUGUUUAGACCAACUUCAUGGAUGAAAUGUAAUUAUCGUUUCACUUGAUAUAAUUAACUCUGAUAUAAGCUUGCCAUUUUUUAUUA